UUCCCGGCCCCCUCCCUGCCCCCGGCCCCAGACCUGGACCCGGAUCCAGACCCCGAGCCCGAGCAGCGGCACUCCCACGAGGAGCAGUAUGUGAGUGAGGGCGAGUCCAGCCAGCUUGACACACAACCGGCGCCACCUGACUGCAGGGACGCCGAGACCAUCACAGAUGUGUGCAACAGCACUGACUUGCCGGAGUUUGAGAUCAUCAGUCUUCUGGAGGAGCAGUUGCCGGUGUACCGUUUGCGGGCUGAUACCGUCUAUGGCUACGACCACGAUGACUGGCUGCACACUCCCCUUGUUGCACCGGACGCCAGGCUCGACCUGACCACCGAGCAGAUCGAAGAGACACUCAAAUACUUCUUGCUAUGUGCAGACAGAGUGGGCCAGAUGACGAAGACCUACAAUGACAUUGACGCCGUCACACGUCUGUUGGAGGAGAAAGAGAGAGAUUUGGAGUUGGCUGCAAGGAUCGGCCAGUCGCUUCUUAAGAAGAACCGAACUCUGACUGAGCAGAAUGACUAUCUGGAGAUACAAGUGGGACAAAUCACAGAGGAGGUGGCCCAGCUGCAUCAUGAGCUGAACCUGAAGGAUGAGCUGCUGCAGUUUUACACCAAUGCAGCUGAGGAGAGCGAGGAUGAGUCCAGCAGCUCCCCAACGGGUAAGACGAGUAAAUUGGAAACAGCUUCGGGAGCCUUUGUGAGUGACACACUCCAGAGGAAACUCAAAGAGCUGGAAGAAGAGAACCUGACUCUCCGCUCAGAGGCUAGCCAUCUAAAGUCAGAGACGGAAACUUAUGAAGAAAAGGAGCAGCAGCUCGUCAAUGACUGUGUGAAAGAACUCAGGUUGUCCAGUCUCCAAAUCUCUGCCAUAGCGGAGGAACUGGCUCGUAAGACUGAGGAUGCCUCCCGGCAGCAGGAAGAGAUCACGCACCUCCUCUCUCAGAUAGUGGAUCUGCAAAAGAAAGCCAAAUCUUAUGCAGUGGAGAAUGAGGAGCUCUCUCAACACCUGAUGGCAGCUAAAGAUGCCCAAAGGCAACUUACAGCGGAGCUCCAGGAGUUGGAGGAGAAGUACUCAGAGUGUAUUGAGAUGCUGCAUGAAGCUCAGGAGGAGCUGAAGAACUUGAGGAACAGACACUACACUGCAGGAACACCUCGACGCUACCACCCCCUGGGACUGUACCCGAUGGAUUCCCUGGCAGCUGAGAUUGAGGGAACGAUGAGGAAGGAGUUGAGUCUGGACGACCCGGAGUGCGAAGAACAGAAAAUCCAUCGUAAGCGUGUUUUUGAGACGGUCAAAACCGUCAACCAGACAGUCCGUCAGCGUUCACUGACUCCAACCAGCGCCAACAUCCCCGGCUCCAACCAGUCUCUGUCUGCUCGUACGUCACCACAGUCCAGCGGCCUCUCCACGCCCCACUCCAGUAUGUACGGAGGUGACGUCAGCGGAGACAGCGUGGCCCUUGACAACCGUGCUCAGAGCAUCCUGAUGGAGGCAGCAUCUAAUCGGGAUAGCAGCUCAGAGGGCCGAGAGAAGAAGGCGAGUGGUGCUGAGGACCUGAGGCUGGCGCUGCGCCGCCUGUCUCUGCGUCGACAAAACAACCUGAGUGAGAGGCGCUUCUUUGAAGAGGAGAGGGAGCGGAGGCGGGGAGGACAUGGAGGACUGCAGGAUGCUCUGGGCGAGGAGAGUGCGUUGACCCCCUCCGAAAGCAUCAUGUCCCUUGGGAACCUCCACCUGUGGGCCACACGAGGGCCCUACCUCCCUGACAAACUCCAGAUCGUCAAACCACUUGAAGGCUCUGCCACCCUGCACCACUGGCAGCAGUUAGCCCAGCCUCACCUCGGUGUGAUUCUGGACGCCAGGCCAGGAGUCGUGCCAAAGGGUUACAGACCCCUUGAACUAGAGCUGGAGCAGGUAUAUCCUUGGGGUGGCUUUGAAGAGGAUGAACCAGGCGAGCAAUACUUCCAGAAUCUGCCCACGUCCUCAGCCUCUGCCUCACCAGCCGUGCCCUCCACCUCUGGUACCAGCGACAGCAGCCUCGGGCAGCCUCCACCCAGCCUCGCUCCACUUUUUCUUUCCUCUCCAUCCCCAUCGCCACAUCUCAGCAACACUGAUGCCCUGGCUGCAUAUUACCCAGGUAAAUGCAUGGCCCAUACCAGCUCUACCUACACCUUCACAACUUGCCGGAUCCUUCACCCAACCGAUGAACAGACGCGGGUCACGCCAAGUCUAAACCCAGUCCCAGCGUCAGCCUCCUGUGUGAUGACCAGCACUCUGUUGGGUACUCCUGCUGCAACACCCUGCACGCCCCGUAGGCUCAGUCUCAGGCCCUCCGAAUCCUCAACCAACCUCAGAGAUGCAACACGCACCACCAGCACCUCCCUGGGGUUAGUGCGCCUUCUCCAGGAGCGAGGGAUCUCAGCAGCGAUGUAUCACCAGAGCCAGGGCCUGGAGCAUGGUCAGAGCAGCGGAGGAGUCUUACUCAGCACCUCCAUUGCCCCUAACCGAGCAACCAACCCUGACCCUCUGCGCCCCUCUACCCCUCCCAACUCGCCUACAGGACUGGGUGCUUCAGCUGUGCUAACCUCUGAAGGUUUUGACUUUAAGAGUCCUUCUUACGACAACUUCCUGGCCUCUAAACCGGCCCGUUCUAUUCUGAAGGAGGUGACUGGGGGUAUGAGGGGUAGGCAGAGAGGGAGGGACUGCGAAAGCCAAACGGACGUUAGCGUGACCGUCCACAACCUCAACCUGCUGGACAAAGUGAAGCGGCUGGGUGUGGCUGGAGCUCCAGGAGGCAGAGCAAUGAGUCCCAGUCCCAUGCUGGGGCCUCUGGGUGGGCUUCGCAGAUCUGGCUCCCCUUUUGGGCCCGAUGGAAUAAGGAGGAACCGGAGUUAUCCAGGCAUGGUUGGGGCCAGCAUGGCCAUGAAAGCCCCCGGGCCCCAGGAGUAGUCUGGACUGCUGCUGGCCAAGUAGGAGCCAGGCAGGGCCAAGGACUGACUGUUGAGCAGUCACUACUGUGGUACCACACUGACAUGAUCAGCUUUAUAGUGCUUUUAGGUGGCGACUCAUUCUUGAAUUAAAAGCAAAGUAACUUAAAAGGCUGAUUUAUCCAAAAUACAAAAAAACAUAAUUUAUUACUUACCUCUACCGAUAUAUAGCCAUGCAGGUAGAUCUGAUUUUUUUUUUUUUUUUUGAGAAAUUUCUCAAUACAAAAAGGAUUUUUAUUUUUCUGUCCCUGUUAAUCUGGGUAAUCCAUAGACCUCAAUGUGAAGUGCUAAUUAAAACCCCUUUCUACCAAUUUAAAGAAAAGUUCAACAUUUUGGGAACUACUCUGUUUUACUUACUUUCUGAGAGUUAGAUGAGAAAAUUCAUAACACUCUCAUGUUUGUGCAUUAAGUAUGAAGCUGGAAUCAGGAAGUGUUUAACUUAGUUUAGCAUAGUCAAGACUGGAUGCAAGGAGAAACAGCUAUUUCAGCUCUGUCUAAAGUUCAAAAAUACGCUGACCAACACUUCUAAAGUUUGCUAAUUAACAUAUUGUAUCUCGUUUGUUUAAUUAGGUGUAAAAUGACAGUUUGUGGUUUUAGAGGGAGUUACAUGGUGUAGCAGUUUCUUGGCGAGCACCUGUUUAUCCUCAUUGUUCGUGGCAGGCAAUGGUUACAGCAACUCCACCUGAAAUCACAAAUUUAUCAUUUUUAAUUGACAUUUCUUUUUUUGUAUGGAUUUUAUAUAUUAGUGAGCUUCCGGAUGUGCUGGUAAGUAGAUUUUUUUUUUAACUUAUUAGAGAGCCAGGCCAGCUGUUUCCCCUAUUUCAAUCUUUAUGCUAAAUUAAGCUAAUCACAGUUUUUCCCUAGCUCUGGCUAGCAUACUUAAUACCAAAACAUGGGAGGGGUGUCAAUCUUGUCAUCUAACUUUCAAAACAAAAAGAGGAAUAUCGUGUUUCCCAAAUUGUAAAACUAUUCCUUUUACUAGUCUCUAGGGUAGGACAUUUCUCAACAACUAUUAGAUAUAUUUGCCUUGAAAUCUGGUCCAGACAUUCAUUGUUUCAAGAAGAUGAAUUCUGAUCAUUUUGGUGAUCCCUUGACUUUUCAUGUCUUGCCACUACAAGGUUGACAUUUGUAGUUUUCAGUAACAGUUGGGCUGCUUGCCAUCAAAUUUGGUACAGACAAGUACAUCCCCUUUAGGAUUAAUUUGAAUAACUUUAGUGAUCCUCUGACUUUUCCUCCAGUGCCAUUAGCAGGUUAGAAUUUUAAUUUGUCCAAUACUUUUGAUUUUGCCCAAAUGUCUGCAAAACUGAAAACAUUUCUACCAGUCCCAGCCGUACUUUGGUGUUAACUACCAAAUCUUAGCAUGCUAACACACUAAACUAAGAUGUUGAACAUGCACCAGCUAAACAAUUGGCAUGGUCAUUGUGAGCAUAUUAGUAUGGUGACGUUGGCAUUUAGCUAAAAGCACUUUGUUAGUUUUGUAAGUUUUGAAACAGAUAGCUAAAAAUCUGGGCACAUAAAACUUAUUUUAUAUCAUUUUUUAUGUAAUUGGGUGAACUGACCCAUUAUGCAGAAUAUCUUGAAAGAGAUAAAUCCAAAAACUAUGUAGUCAAAGCUGCAAAUAUCUCCCACUGCUAGCCACUCACAUCCCCUGCUUCGGAGACUGACUCUGCUGGCUAGAUGUAGUCCCACUCAUUGCUUUUCUGAAUCACAUCCACAAAAUCCCAUGCACUGUCAGACAUACACAGGUGCACUCUGUGAGAUCUGCCACCGCACUAGUUGGCUAUUUGUAGUUACUUUAGCACUAAACCAUGCCUUUCUUCCUCCAUAUUACUGGAAUGAAAUCCAGGAAGGAAUUGUAAAAAUUUCACCAAAUACAUGAAAACAUGUCAUCCCCACUCUCACCAUCUCCCCUCUUACCCCUUCCUAAAUCUCCUGAAGUGAUUAGGUGUGAGCCUGACAAGUCACUUUCAACAAAUCAUUGAAUAGAUUUUAUGUCAGUAUUAAAGAUACUCUGAUUUAGUUUCCUAAUUGGCCAUUAGACAGUGAAGUUGAUGGUGCUUCCAAUGAACUGGACAGAUCAAUACGCUGAAUUCACAGCUCAGAAAGAGAAUGGAGAGAGGGAAGAGGGAAGUGAUUGUGGCUAAUCAGCUUUUGUGGUUGGAAGCUUUCGGACAUUUUCCUUAAGGGAUCCUUGGUGAAAUAAAGCAAUAUAGUGCCUCAAUCAUCUGUUUAUAAAGAUUUAUGUUCUUCUGUAGCUGUCACAGACAUCGUUGCACUUGUUUUUAUUUAUUUUAAAAAUCUUAUCCUGAAUUUAAGCUAUUUCUUAUAAAAAUAUGUUGUCUCACACACUGUAUAUACUGUUCAUUGUCACUGAAAUUUCAGUAAUGGCACACUUAUAAAGGAACUGUUAUGUGUAGUGCAUAACCAAGAACCACACAUCACUGUAAGUAUUGGGGUGAGCAUGAAAUUAGGGUAUUUUCCAAAUAAAAAGUCAUCAAACAAAAAAUUUUAUUUUGUGAUUUUCCUCCCGAAACUAUGAUUCAUUCAAAACUGGGGCAAUUAUGUAUUUUUGUAUGUGUUUUAUUAUAUAAAAGUAAAAGAAUCCCAGGCAUAAAAUCAUUAUUUACCCUCCUCCAGCAGAUGGAGCUCACAAAUAACUCAGCACAGCAAAUAGUCAGUAUGUGUAGGUCAUUGCUUUUAUACGUCUAUCCACGUGGUCCCAUUCAGCGUCAGUA